GUAGUUGAACAUCAUGAUGGAGAUAUCACGGACCAUGACAAUCACUCACCAGAAGGCGAGACAUCUGUUGAAGUGCCUGACAUUAAAGCUGGGACUGGAGAUGAUGAACCACCGGUGGAGACAUCUGCAGUACCUACCGAGGAGCAGGACCCUACUUCUGUCAACUCUGAAGGUUUGUCAAAGGCGGAAUUGGGUCGUCUGGUAGCUUCUCGCUGGACUGGAGAAAAUGUAGAUGAUGUUGGUAAAAGCGAUAAAAAGGGCCAUGAGGAUGAGCUGGAUAUUCCAGAACCUGCAGAAGAAGCAUUUGAAGAUGAGCAUGAUAUACCAGAACCCGUAGAAGAAAAUUAUGCUGGCUAUCAUUCAGAAGUUGAGGAUGAUAGGCACAAAUUUGAAGACGAAGAGUUGUCUAAUGUAUCAGAUGAUGAAUAUGUUGAUGAUCAUGAAGAACCGGAUGUGUCCUAUAAAUCUGAUGACGACCGGAAAGGUGAUGACCAUUCAGAUUUAACUGCCUCAGGACAAGCAUCAUGGCUGGACAAGAUUCAGCAAACUGUACAGAAUGUUUUACAGAAAUUCAACUUUUUCAAGACCCCUGUUGAUUUAUCAGAGGCUGCUCAUGUUCGGAAGGAGUACGAUGAUGCUAGCUCAAAGCUGUCCAAAAUUCAAUCUAGGAUAACCUCUCUGACAGAUAAGCUAAAGCAAGACUUUGGUAAGGAGAAGGAGUUCUAUUACUUUUAUGACCAGUGCUUUGAGGGCAAGGAGGGCAAGUAUGUUUACAAGGUCUGUCCAUACAAGAAAGCUUCACAGGUUGAAGGACACAGUUCCACUAACCUGGGGCGCUGGGACAAAUUUGAAGAAUCCUACAGGAUGAUGCACUUUUCAAGUGGAGACAAAUGCUGGAAUGGCCCUGACCGAAGCCUAAAGGUCAGGCUUAGAUGUGGGCUGAGCAACGAACUUAACGGUGUCGAUGAGCCCAGCAGAUGCGAGUACGUCGCUGUACUGUCAACUCCUGCAAUGUGUGUUGAAGAGAAGCUGAAGGAGCUGCAACAGAAACUCGAUGCUGUGGCUUCAGACCUGUCCGGCCACGACGAGCUCUAAACUGUCACUGGAAGCAAUGACUCCACUAUUACAACCAUAACCAUAAGAGAGAGGCUACCGAGGUACAUGUUGGAUAGAUAGAAAAGUCUGGAGCUGUGAGUGUAGCCGCCAAAGCAGCUUUAGUCUGGCUAGGGAAAAUUUUGAGCAAAGUGGUCGGAUGGUUGAAAUUUUCACACCAUCCUGAUUUUAGUAGCUGCAACUGGAUAUCUUUUUCUUUUGCUUUGACGGACGUUUCCUCAAAUUGUUUAUCUAGGUCAUCUGAAAGAGACUAAGCCUUCUGUUUGUAACUUAUCAGUUAUGCACAGCGUCUCUGAAUUAUACGGACCAAUGCUUUUA